UUGGAAAAACUGGAAAGGCUGAGAGUGACGCAGAGCAGAUGACAGUCAUCGUGGUGAAGGCUGGCGACUGCGCCGCCUCGUCUUCACACGCAGCACUGAUGCUGCUGUCAGACAAGUUGCUCUGUGGCUCGCUGGUGCACUGCAGACCGUAGUUAAAUGGAGGACCCUCAACAUCCGGUGAGGCCCGAGGAGAGGAGGCAGAACGGCCACUGCAGACCGAGUGCUCGCACUCUGGAGUCGAAGGUGGUGGAGGACUUCAGACGGAGGCUCAAGUACUUCUUCAUGAACCCCUGUGAGAAGUACAGAGCCAGAGGUCGCAAACCCUGGAAGCUGAUGUUACAAAUAGUAAAAAUUGCCAUCAUCACAAUUCAGUUAGUGUCUUUUGGCCUGAGCAACGAAAUGGUGGUCACCUUCAAAGAAGACAACCUGAUGGCCUUCAGACAUCUGUUCCUCAAAGGAUACAAAGAUCAACCGCUUGGACCCUAUGCACUUUACACAAGGGCAGAUGUGUAUGAUCACAUCCACCAUGUUGUGAACAGGUACAUCAGUCUUCAAAACCUGACUGUGGGUAAUCUUGCGUACGAGAGGGUUGACGGCGAGUUCACUCCUUUGUCUCUCUGUCAAGACUUUUACAGAAACAGCAGCAUUGAUCCUGGGAAUGAGACCUUUGACAUUGAUCCACAUAUUGAUAAAGACUGUAUUUCCAUAUACCCCGUGCAGCCGCUUGACAACAGCACUUCAGUCCCACACUUCAACUUCUCCUUAGAUUUCAAAAGGCUGCUAUCAGUGAACAUCUACCUGACACUGAAAACCAUCAAUCUGCAGACUGUGCGGCACCAUGAGCUACCAGACUGUUAUGACUUCCAUAUAAAGAUCACGUUUGACAACCACGCACACAGUGGGAAGAUAAUGGUUGAUGUUGAAAAUGAUGUAAGAAUCAAUGAAUGCAGAGACUGGAACGUGGAAGGCACCUCUUGUAAAAACGACUAUCUCCUCUUGUGGUUUGACUCUGUGGUCAUCCUCGCCUGCUUCAUCUCUCUCAUCCUCUGCACACGAUCUGUCAUCAAUGGCGUCCAACUCCAGUUUGAGUUCAACACAUUCUUCCAUGCAUACUACAAUAGAAUUGUCACUUGGUCAGACCGCAUGGAGUUUGUGAAUGGCUGGUAUAUCCUCAUCAUUGUCAGCGACACGUUGUCCAUCGCUGGGUCAGUGCUCAAAAUUGGAAUUCAAACAAAGUUCCUGACAAACUACGAUGUGUGUAGUAUCCUGCUGGGAACAGCCACAAUGCUUGUCUGGGUUGGUGUGAUUCGUUACCUUGGUUUCUUCAAGAAAUACAAUAUCUUAAUUUUAACCCUAAGAGCGGCGUUUCCAAAUGUGAUCCGAUUCUGCUGUUGUGCGGCCAUGAUCUACCUUGGCUACUGCUUCUGCGGUUGGAUUGUGCUCGGGCCCUACCAUGACAAAUUCCGGACGCUCGACAGGGUGACAGAGUGCCUCUUCUCCCUCAUCAACGGGGACGACAUGUACGCCACCUUCCUGAAGAUGAGAGACAAGAGCUACAUGGUGUGGCUUUUCAGCCGACUCUACCUCUACUCCUUCAUAUCCCUCUUCAUCUACAUGGUGCUCAGCCUGUUCAUUGCUGUCAUCACUGACACCUACGACACCAUCAAGCAUCACCAGCAAGACAAGGUCCCAGUGUCCCAGCUUCAGGCCUUUGUUGCAGAGUGCAGGGACCAGCCUGAGUCUGGAAGAUACCAGACUGAGCCGGCCUCCUGCUUCUGCCUGUCUCCGUGCUGCUGCUUCGGGUGACGUGAGGAGGAGCAGCAUGCGCCUUUGCAGGGUGUUGGCCAAUGGUUUUCAUCUUACUGAAGGAGAAGGCUUUAUUUGAACUCAUUUGAAACUGCUGGAGAGGAUUACAAAAAAAAUUUAUUCAAGACUGUGGUCACCUUAUAAGCAUUACCAGUGGUUGGUGACUUUCCCUUUCAAGGAGGAUUAUAUUUUGUCCUGACUGCACAAUAACAACAUUACUUUGUACAAACAGUUCAGCAAUUAAAAAUAUAUGUAAAGGAAAGGGGGUUUACUGAUUUUAAAAUCAAACCGUAGAGAUAAAUAUAUUGUAUAUAUAUAUACUGUAAUUUGUUAUUGUUGCUUUUCUUCCUUUCUAUGUGUUGACACUAAACUGAUAUAUGAACAGUGGAUAUAUAUCAGUGGAUUUAUGGGUUUUUCUGCUCCUGUGUAUUUUUUCACCCCUCAGACAAAAUGUAUUUUCUUUCUUUCUAAAUCAAGUUAAUUCCAA